AUGUCCCAGAGUGUUGUUUGUGCACUUGUCGUGCUUGUUCUUGCCUUCUUGCAGCUGCAGCUGGGCGAAGCUUUCAUGGAUGCGUUCAUGUGGGAUGCUGGCUGGAGAUUGGAGCGAGUUGGCGUUUUACUCAACAGCACGCAGGAGGCAGAGCAAAGAGGCAGGACUGCUGCUUGUGGCCGAUGCUUGCAGCUGCUCGGUGCCGGCAAGGCCUGGGAGCGAAGGCGCGGAACCUCUACGAACGGCAACAGCCCCGUGGCUGCAAGACAGGCCAGCAGGGUGCCUGGUGCUGCAAGCGCAACACAAAAGAGCUCAGCUGCUCCUCUUUCAGAGAGCAACGCCAAGGCCCGUUUGCUGGUGUAG